GAUACCGUCAUGUAGGCCUCGUAGCCCACAGUGUUCAUGGUUUAGACACGCCCACUCUUGUGACACGCCCACUUUUAUAAAUUAACCCCUUCUCCAGUCGCAGCGGCAACAGCCAAUAGGAAACCAGCACCAAAAUACUAUUUACAGUGUCAUAACACAGGAAAAGCACUGUAUCGCACCUGAAGAGAUGCACAGAGUUCAUUCUGUAGCUCAUUCUGCUCUUAUUUACCUCAGACGCCAUGGACUCGCUUUCACGGCUGGAACAUGUUAGCAGCUUUGCAGUGCUUUUGACGGUCUUCUCGUUAGCGUUUUACCUGGCUAGGUUUUAUCAGAGGCAAGCGGGCAUUUACAAAAACAUCCCUCCAGGUCCGAAACCAUGGCCCGUAGUGGGCAACUUCGGCGGCUUUCUUGUCCCUGCAGCCUUUAGGAAAAACAAUGGACAGCCAUAUAAAGACGUGAGCGUCUUGACGGCCCUGACAACCCUCGCUAAGCUGUACGGUAACGUGUACAGCCUGUUCUUGGGGAGUCAGCUGGUGGUCGUGCUGAACGGGUACGAAGAGGUGAGGGAUGCUCUGUCCAACCACCCCGAGGUGUUCUCAGACAGACCAGACAUCCCCUCCAUCUCCAUUAUGACUAAACGCAAAGGAAUAGUCUUUGCGCCGUACGGGCCAGUGUGGAGGAAGCAGCGUAAGUUCUGCCACGCGACGCUGCGGAGCUUCGGCCUGGGCAAGCUGAGUUUGGAGCCGUGCAUCCAGCGAGGCCUGCUCGCCCUCAAGGCGGAGCUGCUGAGGCUGAACGAGGAGUGCGGCGGCGCCGGCGUGGACCCGUUCCCGCUCAUUGGCAACGCCAUAUCGAACGUCAUCUGCUCGCUGGUACUCGGCCGGCGCUUCCACCACGGGGACCCCGAGUUCCGCACCAUCCUGGGCCUGAUGGCGCGAGAGCUGGAGAUCUCCGUCAACAGCCCCGCCGUCCUCAUCAACGCCGUUUCUCUGCUCUACUAUCUGCCCUUCGGGGUCUUUAAGGAGUUACGGCAGGUGGAAAGAGACAUCACCGUGUUCCUCAAGAGGAUUAUUGCAAAUCAUCGGGAGACUUUAGAUCCAGAGAAUCCCAGGGAUCUCACAGACAUGUACUUGAUAGAGAUAUUGGCGCAGCAAGCUGCAGGAGAGAUGGACAGCAGCUUCAAUGAAGAUUAUCUCUUUUAUGUAAUAGGAGACCUCUUUGUUGCUGGCACUGACACUACGACUAAUUCAGUUUUAUGGACUCUGCUUUAUAUGGCUUUAUACCCUGACGUUCAAGAUAAAGUCCAGGCAGAGCUCGAUGAAGUUGUGGGCAGACGCCGGCUCCCGUCGUUGACCGAUAAGGGAAGUCUGCCUUUCACCGAAGCCGCCAUCAUGGAAGUGCAGCGGCUGGCUGUCGUGGUUCCGCUCAGCAUUCCUCACAUGGCCUCGGAGACGACAGAGUUCAGAGGCUACACUAUUCCCAAGGGAACGGUUAUUGUGCCCAACCUGUACUCCGUCCACAGAGACCCUGCUGUGUGGGACGAUCCGGACACUUUUAACCCCAAACGCUUCCUGGAUGAUGAAGGAAAGCUGGACAAGAAAGAGUUUUUUGUGCCGUUUGGAAUUGGUCGUCGGGUGUGCAUGGGCGAGAAGCUGGCUAAGAUGGAGCUCUUCCUGACGGUCAGCGGCUUGCUGCAGGCCUUCAGAUUCAGACUCCCGGAGGGGAAACCUCCUCCGUCUCUGCAGGGACGCUUUGGUCUGACGCUGGCUCCGUCUCCUUUCACCGUGUGUGUGAGCGCUCGGAGUGAGGACUGAGGGACGCACUUCAUCUAGGACACUUUAAAAUGACAGAUGUUACUGACUGGAGUCUCCUGAGGAGCUACUAUAAUGGUACAGAUUGAGUUUAUUGUUUUUGAUCUAACAUAUUUACAUGUUUUACCUAAACAGUGACACAGAUGUGCAGAUGACAAUCCAAGUCACUUUAAUAGAUUAUUGUCCAGAUCAUUCAAGGAAUUAUGGAGUGAACAAUUAUAAAAAGUUAUGAAAAAAAACCCACAAAUCAUAAGGUCAAAAGUGUUUUUGCACAUAAAGUAUUUUGUAUAAAAACAUAUUAUUUACCUUUUUUUUCUCAGAGCACUAUUUGAAAAAUGUUUGUUUUAAUGGAAAAAAUGUUUGUAUUUAAAUUUUUUUUAAAUUAUUUAGUUUAAAAGAUUGUUAAAAAUAAUUCCAGGUGCCUUUUGUGAUUCUGUAUAAAACUAGUUGAAUAUCUGUAUCAAUAUUUUAUCAUAGUCAUGUUUUAUAACCUGAACCUGUACUAAAAAUAUUUGCACAUUUGAUUAUUUAAGAAAUGCUUUUUUCCUGCUCUAUGAAGUUUAAAAAUAUUUAAUUUGGCAUUUUGGUGACCUUUGAAUUGCAAUCGAUUAUUGUAAAUAUUAUGUUGAGAUUAUAAAGAAAAUCACUGUUUAGUUUUGUUUUUCAAAAUUAUAUUUUUGUCACUUAACAGUUUAGAAAAAAAUAUUUGCUUUGGAUAUUUUAGGAAAAUUUUAAAUGUGAGAAAGGUUAUUGAACAAAAUGCGCUUUUUUAUAGAUGCUAAGAAGGGUUUAUAUCAGAAAAAUUAAGAAAAAAAAUUCAAUACAAAGUCAAUGUGAAACUGAUUUUAUAUUUAAAUGAUUUUAGGAAAUUGUUAAUGAUUACAAAGUAACUUAAAGAAAGAGUGCAGUUCUGCUCUGACCAGCAGAGAUCAGUGUUGUUUUUAUUGAAUAAAAAAUCAGAAAUGUUCUUGUUGAAAUAUUUUGUUUUGCUUUGCAUUUUAAAGAGUCAACUUUUAGAACUCCACAUUCUAUUUUAUUUUUAAAGGGACUUAUUUAAUUACUUGUUAAUACAUGUCUAAAAAUGUGAAAUACCAAACACCAUAAAAAAAACAUUUUCUUAUUUAUACGUUAAUUAUUUUAAAUGUUUCAUAUUUUAUGACAUAUUUCUUCACAAAUUUGUUCUGUUCAUUCAAACCUGUUUGUGCUCAAAACAACAACAAUAAUAAAAACAGCAUUG